AUGAAUUCCUCCUUUCAGGUCCUGGCAUGGCUUAUGGAGCAACUUCGACUACCGCAAACACUCCUUUGUGGUACAGGUGCAUCUUUGUUCCACGAUGUAUUCGCGAGAUGUCUCCCUAUACCCCACAGGUUGACAGAUGAUCCUCGGUGGCUAACGCUGAUCGAUGAUUGGGGUGAGGUCCAUCGUCAACAUGAUGUGUGUGAAUUUCUUGAACACAUACUGCAAAAGAAUGACUAUGGUUUGUUCCAAGGCACAUGGCAAGCAAGGUUGCCUACCAUGGCAGGGGAGACGCAGCUUGUGGAUACAGGGCAGUGCACUCAAUCCAUUGUUCUUCACAUGCCUUCAACCUACCCUACGCCAUCGGCCAAUUCACUUAGGAUUCAAUCCUUGGUGGACACUUGGUGCAGGGGAAUUGACAGGAUACAUGGUCUGACAGUCGCGCCCCCGGUGAUCCUACUUCAGCUUCAUCGCUUCACCAAACAGCGUGAUCGUGUACUUAAAAAUCACCUUAAGGUGCAGCUGGACCACGUGAUCCAAAUGCCUUUCUUUUCUGGGGACAGGCACAAUCUGUCGCAUCGUUCAUACAAGCUCAAAGCAUUCAUUGAACACCAUGGAGCCACACCCACUUCAGGACAUUAUACGGCCACCCUGGUCAACGAUGAGGGCUCAUGGAGCUGUGACGAUGGCAGAGCAGCCAAAGUGAAAACCAUGCGGGGUGAGCGACAUCCCACUAAAACUGGCUAUGCUCUUUUCUACAGUCUCGACGCUGCUCUUGCCACAUCUUCCGAUGAAGGUUUGGCACACACUGGCGACACACAUGCUAGCACAUAA